AAUAUAUAUAAACAGAGAUGAAAUGGAAGGGUUAAAUGUGUCGUGUGAAUUUAACAAAAGUGACUUCCCAUCAACAACUAAACCAACCCCACUACUAAUGCUCAUCCAUUUAUAUAUCUUUCUAUGGACUAAUCUCAGCUGUAUUUUUCAUUUCAUGGUAAAUCAAAUAUUCAAACUCAAUCAUCAAUGGAGGAAGAACAACUAGCUGCACCUGGUACUGCAUGUCCUAGAGGUCAUUGGCGACCAGCUGAAGAUGAGAAACUCAAGCAACUUGUUGAAAAAUAUGGUGCACAAAACUGGAAUUCUAUUGCAGAAAAACUCCAAGGAAGAUCAGGGAAGAGUUGCCGAUUGAGGUGGUUUAAUCAACUAGAUCCAAGAAUCAACAGAAGACCAUUUACGGAAGAAGAAGAAGAGAGAUUACUUGCAGCUCAUCGUAUUCAUGGAAAUAAAUGGGCUCUAAUAGCAAGAUUAUUUCCAGGUAGAACUGAUAAUGCAGUGAAAAAUCAUUGGCAUGUAAUCAUGGCAAGAAAACAAAGGGAACAAUCCAAGAUAUGUUGCAAAAGAAAUCAUCAACAAGGUAUCACUAAUGAGUUUAAUCCAAGAGAAACAAGAUCUCAAGAUUUUUUAAUCGGGUUCGAAAACAGUAUUAGUAGUAGUACUACUAGAUUCUUGGAAUUUCAAACCCCGAGUUCAUCAGAUAGGUUAUUCUCAAUAGCCUCUACCUCUAAUUCAUCUUUAGUUGAUCAUUUAACAAGAAAAGAAGGGAAAAGAGAUAAUUAUUUCAGCAAUUCUAGUUUUUACACUAUGACAGAUUCAAGCCCUAAAGAUUCAGAUCAAUCUAUUUAUAGAUGCUCCCUAAGUUACAAGAAUUCAGUAUUUGGACUGCCAAAUUAUAAUAGGGUUAUUCCAAAUUCUUAUGGGUGUGUUAAAAUUGGAGAUCAUGACUAUGAAAACUAUGGAAUUAUGAAGAAAGAUCAAGAUCAUCAUCAUCAUCAUCAAGAAUCUAUCAGACAAAAGGAGGUUCCAUUCAUUGAUUUUCUUGGUGUCGGUAUAUCUUCUUGAUCAUCUUUUUUUAUAUAUAUAUUUAUAUUAAUAUAUAGUAAUAUUAUGGUAGUUUAAUUUAGCUUCACUCUUGUGAAAAAUGUUGAUUGCAUGCAAAUGAAGUAGCAGUAGUUCAGCUGUCAUAUUAAUCAGACUUUACGAUAAUAAUUCCUUCUGAUAUAUAUAAUGCAUAUUCUUUAUAAUAAGCAUAUGAUUUUGACAUA